AUCAUCGUCAAGUCAAGUGUAAUCCUAGGCGCACUUCCGGAAGCUAAAGGAUUUGUGUCUUGGAUCCCUCCCCACGCCAUAUCAAAUUCUAUUCUUGAUGUAGCUUUCGCGAAAGAAGAACCUCCCAUCGUGAUGAAUCUGGUUCAUCCGAGACCGACCGCAUGGAACAUGUUGAUACAGCCCAUGGCGGACGCCCUGGUUGAGCAUAAAGUAACAAGUUACCCGCUACCUCUUGUGCCAUUCUCGGAGUGGCUCAAUAAGCUCGAAUUGAGCGCCAAGAACUUGAGCGAAGAGACCAUGAAGCGUAUCCCUGCUAUCAAGCUUCUCAACUUCAUGCGUUCCAUGGCUCAAUCAGACAUCGCGAUCAGGGCGUCUGGAGAGAUGGGCACUGAAGCAGGUGGCAUGACUUUAUUCGCCACCUCCGUAGCUGAACGCGCCAGUCCAACGAUGAAGGAGUUGAAGGAACUGUCUUCGGCAGACGCGGCACAGUGGGUGGAUUAUUGGAUGGCAAUGGGGAUGUUUGAUUGA